AUGGCGGAUGUCAAGAUGACACCGGCGCCGCCCUCCGAGGAAGAUUGGCAGUCCCGCUGCGCGCGAUGCAAGGCGACCGUGGAGGGCCUCCUCAAGAACCGGCAGACGAAGGAGGCCUUGGCGGAGGCGCUGAAGGAGCCUCCCUAUGGCGCCACAGUCAAGACUCGGGAGGAUGCUGCCAGGACGGUCCUGCAAGCCAUGUCUGCCUUUAGGGAGGCAGAGAUCAAGGCUGCAGCCGCCUCCUUGAGCGAAGAGGCACAGAACACCUUGAUGAAGUACUUGUACAAGUUCUGGGGUCAGUCCCUUCCCGCCCGAACGAACUCUCAGCUCUUCACUUGGCACUCUGCGCUCGUGGAACUCCAGGCUGGGCCCGGCUCCAUCGUCAGAGCGAUCUAUGACUGGAACUGGCCAUGA